AUGACGGCAAAAAUAAAAGAACCGCGCGGCGAGAANUUCAAAAGGGCGGCGAGGGCGUGCCGGCACUCUGGAGGCGUGAAGGACGCAGCAAGAGCGCUCCUAGCCGAUCAACCGUCACCGGGGAACGACGAGACAUGGGCACGUCUGAAAGCCAAAUUUCCGCAUGAGGAUCCCGUACAAGUGGAGCAGGCCAUCGCCGAAGCCAUAGCUGCAAGCCGCACCGAGGAGGAGGAAGGAAGCGCCCCGAGAUGGAGGCCAGAAACCGAGUUCGAUCCACAAGUACUCCUUCAAGUCAUCAACAGGAGAAGCUCUAACUCUGGAGCAGGAAAUGACGGGCAACGUUUCUCCCACCUUAAGUCCAUCGUCAACAAUAAAAUUGGUCGGGAAGAGUUCAGCAACGCGAUGUCGCCCCUUUGGAGGAGGCUCAUCAACGACCCCAACGCGUUCCCACCGGAGUUCUGGACUCUUUGGAAACAAUCCAGUCUAAUCGCCCUCGGUGAAAAGUGCCGUCCAGUGUGCAUUGGAAUGACUUGGAGAAGGCUGAUUGCAGCGGGAACGGUCAGGGAGUGGAAACCGAAACUGGAAGAAAUAUUUCGGGAAGCGGACCAAUUCGGAGUGGCGGUAGCUGGAGGAGUUGAACAAGUUGCGAUGGACGCACAACUGGUUCAUCAGACAGGUCAUUGGGUAGUCCAGACGGAUUGCUCAAAUGCCUUCAACACGGGCAAGCGCACCGCCAUAAUGGCCCAGGCCGCAAAGAGCGUCCCAGAUCUCGUGGGGUACAUCGCCAGGUGUUACGACGAAAUCCCGGCAAAGGCGAUAUACACGAUGGACUCCGGAGCGCGUCGGACGAUCGAGUGCAAGGGCGGUGUGCAGCAAGGAGAUGGAAUGGGACCGCCUCUGUUCUGCUUCAUCCUAGUCCCGAUCAUCUUGAAGCUUAGAGCCAAGUACGACCACCUCGGGGUAUGCUUGAAAGCUUAUAUGGACGACAUCAGCCUGCACUUCAAAAAUAUCACAGCGGAAAAUAUCCAGGUGAUACCGGACCUCGUCGACGAACUAGAAGCUGUGGGCAUCAUCGUCAACAGGGGGAAGAGCUCAGCGCUUCCCCCACCAGGGCACGACGUGACGCCAGCAGAAAGGAGGCUACUUGGCGAUGCAGGCCUACCGAUUGCGGAGGAGGGCAUCACAGUUGUGGGAGUCCCCAUUGGGACGGAUGCCUACGUCGAGGAUAUCGCAAUGAAAGUGAUAACUGAAGGGGGUGCAGACAAGCUUGCUCGCAUGCUGGUGCGCAUGCCAGACAA